CGCGAAGUCACACAGAGAUUGGUUCCUUGGAUCGCGCUGCAUGGUGUUAAAAUUAGGUGCAGUUAUUUCGCUACUUUUUCUCGUUUUGCACAGCGUGUCCGGGGUCGAAUUGUGUCACGAAUGGUGCAGUGAAUAGCAGUGAUUGGUUUUUGAGUGCAGUUUGGACGCAUCGAUUGCUUCCAAAGGGAUAAAAGUGUGAUUUUUGUGUCCGUCGUGCUGAUUUUCUUGGGAGACAAGUCAGAAAUUAUUGAUGAUGAAACAAUUCCAAUGAAUUUGCGUUAGUGUUUGUGUGCAGCGACGAAGAUUCCUGGUGUGUGUUUCGUGUGGUGCAUUUUGGAUCUUGAAGGAGGCUCGGGCUCUGCUUGUGAGUAGAAAGAAAACAAAAUAAAGUGCGGAACCAAAGUAUGAGCAGUUUUUAUUCGAAGACUUGAACCCCAAGAAGGCAUAAAAAAUACCUCUACAGAUUUUCUGCUGUUGUUGGUUUGCUUUGGCAUCUCCUUCUUGGUGAGGUUGGUUAGGAAGAAGAUUGUGUUGGUUUGACAAAGUCGUCGCAGUGGCUAAAAAAGAAUAAAAUCGAGAGAUUGGUCGAUCACUACGACAGCAACGUAGAAAAAAACGAUGUCGAGCUAAUCCCAUCGUCGUGGUGGCGGAUGUUUGUUCAAGGGUGGCAGCGGGAAGGGAAGGGAAGCAAAACAGACGGGUAGCAGCAAGGUUAUCGUCAUCUAAUUUUCAUGAAUGAAUUUUUAUUCACUGAUCGCAGUAGUCGCAGAUGAGCGAACAACAAAAACAAUUUUAGUGCAAAUUCGUUCCCAACCAGUUCCCGCAGUGUGGAUCCAUUCAGUUUAAGUAGAGUGAAUGAAAUAGGUGCUACAUAGUGCUGGUGUGCGGUGGAUUAAAACAUCAGUCACUCGGCGACCCGAACUGGGAAAGGAAAUAAAUUUAAAAUAUUUACAUUUUGUUUACGUCUUAUCUGCGCAUUUGAUAAGGCUUGACAAAAACAAGAGGACGAGUAUACUGUUUUCUGUCCAUCAACAUCGUCCCUCGAGAGCAUCCCGCCGUAGGAGGAACCAGUCUUCAACUGCGACUUUAGUGCAAUCGGGAAUAUAUUCGCCGUCUCUGCCGCAUACACAUCCGUCAGCAACGAGCGUGUGAGUGAGACUUAGCCGAGGAUUUGAAGGACAAAACCGUUUACCGCACGCGCCCCUCAAAUCAACACGAAACUACAUACAAGAAAAAGGCAGAUGUCUCAAAAUUAUCUCGUGUUGCCCGAACCGUAGCACAAGGAAGGAAGGGAGAAGCGACUUGUGCGGGGUCUGUUUUUGGACGUGGAAAAAUAAACCAAAUCUCUGAGAAGAAAAUCAACGAGCUCUCUCAUGGGGGCUAGGCAUAGUCGCCGGCAAAAAAGUCAAACAACGCAAGAAGAGCAGACAGAGCAGAGCCAAACGCAACAUCAAUCAUUAGUCGCCGCUACUCGCAGGGGCAGUGAGCUCGUGGAAGCCAAUGUAGAUCCCACGGAAGACGAGCAGGUUUCCGCGAACGAUAGUUUGGUCAUAACGAUUUGUAUGUUGAAGAUGGAGCCAAGCCAAGAGACUAGAGGUGGGGGCGAAACAAGUGAAUUACCAUCAUCUCAUCGGCAGGAAGUCGAAGAUGGCCUGGGAACAACACCUAUUGCGACAAUGCAUCCUAAAUGUGGUUGUUACGAGAACAAUAAUUGCCCAAUUAGUUUAGCACCUGCUCCAAGCACCAGCAACACAUCUUCGUCAGCUCCAGUGUACGGCACCAUCGGUGCCAAUAAUAAUAAUAACUCAUCUCAGAAAACGGCUGCCAAAUGUGGCUGUAACUGCAGCAAACCCGAUAGUGUCAACAAUCUGGAAACUCUCAAUGGAAACCCACCUCUGCAGGCCAGUGCUAUCGAAACGUCGAACGAUUGUGCAAACAACAAUGAGGCUUCAUCGCUGAUCAACGACAUUCUGAGCAAUCAUCACCAUCUGCUGCACCACCAUCAUCAUCACCAUCACCACCACCAUCAUCACAUUGGACCGUGGACGUGUCCAACGUCUUCCUUCCUGGCGGUGGCCACCACUGCCGCUCCAGUUCCCACGACUUCCUAUUCCGCAAAUGUGAUCUGUGAUAGCACUUCCAACAAUGUGAACAUGAGCAACAAUGCCAGUGUUUUGAAUCGUACUAUGCAGCAGCACCAGCAGCAGCUGCGACAGCAGCAACAAUUGCUAUCCGCUAGCAAUGUGACCGCUUCCCCCAGUUCCAUCGUGAGCUCCGGUUUAAAUGUGGGCGCCAGUUCAGUGUAUGAGAUGAGUGAUAAGUUGAGUGAUUUGAAGUUGAACCAGAGUGAAGCUCAUAGCAACGAAGAACAUCCCUUCAGUGUCGGCGAAUGUCCCCGGUGUACAAUGGUGGCAGCACGGCAGGGUCCUACGGCAGACGGCGAGGAGAAAAUAUUGAACACCGCCGUGCAAGGAACCAACAAGAAAGAACCGGUAAAAACGGUAAAAUCACCAGCCCCGGCAGCAGCAGCAGCAACCUCUAAUGCCAACACAGUGGAUGCGACGACGGUGGCGGCAUCAACAUCGGUGUCCUCUUCGUCCUGCUGCCGACAGCCGAUCCUAACGACGGCAACAACAACAACGACAAAAUCGGUCGCACCACCGCCAUCAACGGCAUCCUCGACGGCGGCCACACUGCUCAGUUCACUCACAUCGUCCGGGAAGAAGUCACGCGUCUGCAAGUGCUGCCGCAGGUCGACCUGUGCCAACCAGGCCAACAACAAUCACAGCAGUGGCAAAGCAGGUUCCAGUUCCAGUAGUAGUAGUAGCAAUAGUAACAAUAAUAAUAACAGCAGCACAAGCCCUUCGCCAGCAGCGUCCGGAAGUAAAUCGAAGAAGGGCAACUGGGGUCUGAAGUUCAACUGUGCCAAACUGCGCGGUAACAAAUCGAGUCAGCCGGCAGCGGCGGCCUCUUCGGCAGCGUCGUCCUCGCCACCUCCGUCAGCAUCAGCAUCGGGAACAGUAGCUGCUGAUUCUGCCGGGCCGAGCCCCUCGAGUUCGACUGACACUCCCAUUGCCGCCGUCAACACGUCGAUUAUUGGAUCCUCCAGUAGACUUCUCAGAAGUGAAUCGGAAAAGCCGGAUUCAUGUAUUUGUACCCUGUACCGCAAGGUGGAGGAGCUUCCGUCGACAGUUUCAUCCAACAAUGGUUACCCGCUGUCGUCGAACCCGCUGAUGAUCCCCCAUCCGCAGAUCCGCUACCAGCAUCACCAUCUGGAUGGAUCGACCUCAAAUGGUCCCGGGGGAACCAUGGGCGCCCCCGUCGGAAUCUCGCACGCUGCUGCCAGUCAGCAGAAUCAUGCAUUCCUGUUCCCCCCGGCUGCCGCUGCCGGUGCCGCUAGUCAUCACGAUCUCCACGCCCACCAUCACGCGGGAACGGCCACCACGACUACGACCAUCUUCCACCGGAUAGACGGAUCGACGGCGCAUGCAUUGUGGGGCACCGCAGCCGGGCAUCCGGCGGCUAAUUCCGUCAUAGUGGUCUCAACGCCCGGAAUGUUCGAUAUUUCAAGGUUCAACAGCAGCGACGAUUUUUCGCUGGAAGACUGCGAUGAGCGGGCCCGGCUUCAGCGCGAGAUGGAAAUCCGCGAAGGUGUCGACGCCCCGCCCAAUUUCACUCCGCGGGGAUUGAUGUCCGGCGGAACGUUGACCGGUGGAUCGGGGCUGGGUGCGGUCGGAGCUGCCGCCAGUGGCGUCAACGCUGCCGCGGCUGCCAACCAUCAGAUUGCGAUCCUGUGCACACCGGACUCGUCGUCGGCGCUGAGUUUGAUCCACCGAGGAAUUCUGCUGCCGAAUAAUCUCAUACAUACCGAGGAAAUGCCGCGGGUGCACUCGCAGGUUGACUUCAUUCAUUGUUUGGUGCCGGACUUGCAGAAGAUUACGAGCUGCUGUUUCUACUGGGGAAAAAUGGACCGAUACGAGGCGGAGAAGCUGCUCGAGGGUAAACCGGAAGGCACAUUCCUGUUGCGUGAUUCGGCCCAAGAGGAGUUUCUGUUUUCCGUUUCAUUCCGGAAGUACAACCGUUCCUUGCAUGCCCGUAUUGAGCAGUUCAACCAUAAGUUCAGUUUCGAUUCACGCGAUCCCGGAGUGUACACAGCCUCGACGGUGACCGGUCUGCUGGAGCACUACAAGGAUCCGUCCUGUGUGAUGUUCUUCGAACCGAUGCUGACCUACCCGCUGAACCGGAAGUUUGUGUUCUCCCUGCAGCAGCUCUGCCGAGCGACCAUUGUCAGCAACACCACCUACGACGGCAUCAACGAACUGUGUCUGCCCAAAUCACUCAAGUCCUACCUGAAGGAGUACCACUACCGGCAGAGGGUGCGGUACCGCCCGCUCGACGAUGCACCUCUCUACCACGACGUAUAGUACAUAAUGCCGGAACAAGAAGGGGUCCAGAGACGGACAGCGUUUAUCCCCAGUCGACGAAGUACAUUCAGCGAUCAUGGUGGCGAGGCGGACUACAACUGGCCAGAUUCUGUUCUUUUUGGUGAGCAUCUCGGUGACAGGAUUCGUUACCGAGAUGACCGAAACGAUUUCGUUAGUUUUGAAGAAUUGGAGCAGAUGAGGAGAUACUGGAGACUGAAUCGUCGGAAGUCGAGAAAUCGAUUCUUAUGCUGCUUUACGGGAUCUCCUUGAGCGCGUGACUAGUGUUUGCAAAUCUGUCCUGUAUGAUGUACCAUAGUUUUGUGUAAAUAGAAUUGUUUAUGUGUAUUCGGAGGGUUCCGAUUAUUUAUGUCAAUCGUUGUUGAUUAAGUUAUUUUCCCACUUCCAUAGAUCAUUUUGCGUAUUGUACAAAGUAUAUAUAUUUUCUUUUGUUAAUACAAUUGCACACAAUUAGCAAAUAGGAUAAAGCAAAAAAUUUCCUUCCUAAAAUUAUAGUGACUGAAUAUCUAAGCAUCUAAAAAAACAUAGAAUGAUUUGAGGAGAUGAGUUUUAGUUAUCUUAGGAAAAGGCUUAGAAAAAGAUGGAAUACAUAGAGCAAAGACUAGGUAAUUGUAUCCGAAAGUGUAGGACCACAUUAUGUUGUUUCUGUUGAUUACUUUUAGUUUGCAUAUUAGUUAGAAAUUAUUCUGUAAACAAAACUGUAUCAAAUGUAUACCGAAGCUUGUUAAACUCAUUCGGUAUAACGACAAACAUCCACACUCUCUAAUUCUAUUUCUCCAGUUGCCACUACAUUAAAAUAACUGUCCGGAAGUUCAAUAAAGUAACAAUCCCAGUAUUCGAAGCUUUCUUCGCUAAAUAAUACAGAACAACAAUUAAAAACCAACGUACAACUUUUAGAACUACAACAGUGCUGAUAUCGAAAAUAAAAAAAACAUUACAAAUGCAGAAUACCCAUAUCUCUAUUAUCACAACAGAAACACACCUACAGUAGAUGCGUCCCCCAGUGCGGGGCACAAUUAUUCGUAAAGACAUAGCAAGGCUAAACUAAAAUCAAAGAAACUCACUCAUUAGAAGAAUAAAAAAAACACAACCAGUUCUUAGCAGUGCAAAUCGACAAAUCCCUAUUAAUAGUGACAUAUUGAUAGAAAUGUUUGUUCGCGUUGUUUGAAUACCCGUGGAAUACUCACUCAAAGUUUCCUGCCCAACAAUUAGUUGAUUCCGGUUUAUUUAUGUGCAAGUCGUAUACCUAACUGGACGUUAGAAAUCCUAAAAUUCGUUAAAAGCUAGUUUGGUGUUUGAAAUGGUAAAUGCGGACUUCUUUUAUAUUAGAGACUACAUUCGUUCUCCACGAAUUUCAGAUUUUAUACUAUUUUGACAUACGAAUAAGUUAAGACCAGCUAGUUUGUGGGCAGAAAUAUUCUCACGUAUUAUUUUCCAACGAUGUGGCAAUGCUAGACCGAAUCAAAUAUAAGACAACCGAUCUGAUACCGAAUAGUGCUAAAACAGACAAAUGAUUUGAUCAUCGAUAGGCGGGAAUUCAUUAGUAAUGAAAACGUUAAUCAAAUAUGUAGCAAGCAAAUCACACAGAAAAGUAAAUACGUUCUGGUAGCUUUAAUUAACUAAAUCUAUAUUAUACAUCCGUAGCAGAGCAGAGAGUCAAGUAAAAUGAUAUAAACAGACAAGACCCUUAAAAUAAUGGUAGGAUCGAUUAGUGAACGAUCGGAUCUAGUGUAUAGAUAAAAAUGCAUAUAAAUAAAGUUAGAAAUACGAUA